AUGAUUCAAUGUUUAGAAAAUGUUCGAGCAGGUAUAGUUGAACCACGUGCCCUUAUUAGGGCAGAAUCCACAAAGAGGUCAUACAACUUACAUUUAUGCAAGCACAGAGACAUUGAAAAUGUCCACACAGCUGGAGUCAAUGCAUUAGACGUGGAUGCGAUGGAAGGAAAAUAUUUGCUUUCUGGGUCAGCAGAUGGUAGUCUUCAUAUCCAUGACUUGCAUAACUUCACAGGCUCCCCUCAUUUCACUUCCAAACUUGUCUGCGAGGUGGAUCGAAACUUACAAACAGCUCAUCGAUACAGUGUAGAAUGUGUUCAGUGGUACCCGUUUGACACAGGGCUCUUUACCACCAGUGGAAUGGACAAGCAACUCAAAAUAUGGGAUACAAACUGUAUGAAACCUGCCGAUACCUUCAGUUUUGAGGGUCGUGUGUUCCAGCAUCACAUGUCACAUAUAGCUACCAGAAAUUGUCUUGUUGCCGUUGCAACUUCUGUAAACCACAUCCUUCUUGUUGAUCUGAAAUCUGGAUCAUGCACUCAUGAGUUGCGUGGUCACACAAGUUCAACUCUGGCCUGCAGGUGGUCACCAAGAGAAGAAUACUUGCUUGCUACAGGUAGCUGUGACAACAAGGUGCUCCUGUGGGAUGUCCGUGCUGCAAAGUGUUGUCUCAAGUCUCUGGACCAACACAAUGGUAAAGGGCGGUCAAGUUCAGAAGCCACCAGUACUGCCCAUGAUGGUUAUGUGAAUGGUCUGUGUUUCACUCAUGAUGGACUCUUCCUUCUUUCAUAUGGGACAGAUCACAGGUUAAGGUUAUGGAAUACUUUCAGUGGGAAUAAUGAAAUGGUUAAUUAUGGGAAGAUACCAAAUGAUACAAAAAAGUGCAUGCAGUUUGACAUUACCAUCAAGUGUGACCCACAGCUGGUAUAUAUGCCAUCAGAUGGUAACAUUUUAAUGUAUGAGAUUCAGACGGGUAUUAAAGUGAACACACUAUUAGGACAUUAUAAUUCUGUCAACAGUUGUAUCUGUCACCCAUUUUACCACGAGUUGUACAGUGCUGGAAAUGACAGAAAUGUCCUUAUUUGGGCCGCUGACUACUGCCAGAGUACAGCAUUUGAUGAACACUUGGAAUCACAGACUCAAAAGAAAGAAUCAUCUAAGAGGAGAGGGCUUUUUGUUCAAAGAAAUGUAACGGCUGACACAUGGAGCAGCGACGAAGAGUGUUGA